UUAACGGAAUUUUUAAUGCAUUGCCUGGAAAAAUUUUCAGGAAUAAUAGUGAAAAAACAAUGAAUGGUAUUGUACUCAUUCAAAUUUCUCUCUGUGUGCGAGUUUCGACUCUUAUCCAACUUUUCCAUUCAUUUUAUUAACACCGUCAAAUCAUUUGGCUUUUAUUUCAAUAAGUAUGGAAAACGUUGAGCUGAGAUUCAACAAUUGCAUCAGUUUCAUUAACCUGGUUUCUUAUAUUUCUUAGAAAGUUUUAAAUUAGUACGAUUUUCAUUUGUAAAUAAUUCGAAAGUGGAUGAUUAUAUUGCAUUCCGUUUCCAAAUAGUUGGAUAUUGUAAGUUAAAAUGACAAAAUUAGAAGUUCCCGAUCAAGGUUGGGCAUGGGUGGUGGCUUUCGCUGCUUGUAUCAUUAACAUGCUGUUAUCUGGGAUAUCACGUAUGAUUGGUAUUUUAUACGUAUAUGUGCUACAAAUGUAUGGAAUUACCAGACAAGAAGCGACCCUCCCUUUUGCUGUAAGGAAUUCUGUCCGUAUGUUAUCAGGUCCUCUUGUUGGAAUUGUUGGUCAAAGUUUUGGUAUACGCACCAUAACAUUCUCCGGAGGUGUAGUUGCCACUGUUGGAGUUGCGUUAUGCUGCAUUGCACCUGAUAUAACUUGGAUAACAGUGUUUUGGGGUGGAAUGCACGGUAUUGGAUUCGCAUUUGCCAAUACUUUGUUCCAAGUGGUGGUCAAUGAGUACUUUGAGAAGCAUCGCGCCACUGCAUCAGGAAUCGCUCUGUCAGGAGCGUGUAUAGGCAGUCUUGCGUUUCCAAUUAUGAUAGAAGCUAUUCUGGACACUUACGGAUUGUCUGGAGGAUUUCUCAUGAUAGCCGGUGUGGUGAUGCAUGUUCUACCACCCGCUCUUCUCCUGAAAUCACCCCCUUGGGUGCAGAACCCUGAAAAAUAUGCCAAACAGUUGGCUGCAACCAAAACACAGCAGUCAGCAACUUCUAUGGAAUCUGUAUACACUACUGAUUCAGUGGUAGUGAUUGACGGAAAGGGAAAGGAACGAGGCUCGCAUCCCAUAUCGGACAUAAAUAACCAAGAAAACAAUUCGUAUGGCAGUUCCAAAUUAACUUUCACUCAAAAAGGACAACCAGGGAAAGGUUCGGAAGUCAUUUGCAAUUGGUAUAGUAUAAAAGAAUCCCCAACUCUAAAGAAAGCUCACCAGAUGGAUUUAGCUGUGAACACAAGCUCUGAAAAAGUGCACACAAUUUCUGAAAAAGUUGAAGACGCUGCUCCAAGCAAAUUAAAAUCAAUAAAGCAAGAAGAUAACCAACAGUCUUUAAUGAAUGGCGUCAGAAGCUUUGCUAAACUUUAUACCAAUCCACUCUACAUUUUAAUUAGCGUGUGUCUAACAACAUAUAUCAUACUAAUAAUUCCAGUAUUCACUGUUAUCGUAGACUACAGCAUUGAUAAAGGAAUACCGGAAAAGCAAGGAAAAUAUCUCAUAAACGGUUUGGCUAUUGGAGAGCUAGUCGGAAGACUCGGUUUCGGUUGGGUAACUGACAGAGGAAUCAUGACUAUUCCAGCCUUCAUGACAUUAACACUUGUAUUGCAAGGUGUUUUCACCAUUUUCUUCCCACUCACCACUUCCCUCUACACAUUCAUGGCUGUUCUCAUGAUGUUUGGCAUGGCUUCAGGCAGCAUGCUUGUGCUAUUUCCUGUACUGGUCCUCAAGUACGUUGACAUAAACUCCCAAGCUGUAGCCAUGGCCUGCGAUGGAUUCAUUGCUGGACUACUUUCAUUUUGUUUCCCCCUUCUUAUAGGGCAUUUUAGGGACACUGUGGGUUCUUACGAUGGAAUGUUUUUCCUGAAUGGUGGAAUAGCUAUCCUUACAGGAGGAUUAUGGCUACUCGAACCUUUCCUGGUUAAAACUUACUUCAAAGAAAACACUCAAGAAAUCUUACAUAAAAACUAUUUCAAAAACGUUGAAGUUAAAAAAGAUGACGAAAAAUUAAGGUGAUGAAGAACUGCCAUUCUGCUACUUAUAGAUAGCGAGUUAACUAAAUCAUGUUUACCUUCAUAAAGAUUUCAAUUUCAUCAGGAUAUCUCCUGUUCUGUGAUGCACUGGAAAAUGAAUAUUUAUUAACAUUAUUAAUGCGUGAAAAUUGGUCAUUUAAAUAAUUUUCGUGUUUAAAAUUAAGUGUUAUAGGCAAAGUUAAAAGUCAGACUUUGUAUAGAAUAACGAAAAUCUACCAACAGUGUAUGAAAUAAUUAAACAUUCCACUUAUUGCCUAGGAAUUGUAUGACAUAUAGCUGAUAAGGAAGCAUGAAAUAUAAAUAUUUCAUACUUUAAUUAGUAUAAUUAUGUAUGACGUAUUAGUAUCAGUUGAAAAUAAUUUCUCCAUGCAAGAAAUAGAUUUCUUUUCUUUUGAAAGAAAGGUAUGAAGUUUUAGUAAUCACCAUUUUUAGUAAUAACCGGAUCUUCCUAGAUUUUAAUACCCGGUUUCCACUUGUCCAGUUUUCCCUAAAAUGCUAUUACCUGAUAAAUUCUUGCUCGGUACUUCUUAGACUAAUAUUUUUUUUUAAAGUUUAAAGUGUAUUGAUAUUUUUUAGCCUGCCACUCGUUUUUCCUUCUCGAAUACAUCGGUCAAUAUUUGCCUUACUGAAAACUUAUCUGCAAUCCCGAUAAUAUCGGUUUCCAUAAUUUUCAUUAACGAUACUCGCCAUAUAAUCAUUUCCGAUAUUUAUAGAUGUCGAUAAUUAUGCUCUAUUCGAUAUUUAAAUAAAACUUGAUACUCUAUGUAAAUUUGGGGAAUGUGUUUAAAAUAUCGUAGUGCUUUAAAAAUAUCGAUAUUUUACGAUAUAACGAUUUAUUACCCAAUUUACUGUAGACUAAGAAGGGUUAAAAAAAACUUUCAGAUUAAUUAAAAAUUAAUUUUCGAUUAUUUGUUCUGCCUCUGACAUAUACAAAAAAAGCGGGUUUUUUUUACAGAUGCUAGAGAGAUUUUGCAGUUUUGUGUUUUAACCAUCAAAGUAAAAAUAAAAUAAUGAAGAAAUAAAAAACUAAUGACUAACGCGAUAAAAAUAGAAGGCUAUCAUCAAUCAUUUUGUUACGAUUCACAGAUAAUAAAUACUAAUUUCUUAAUAAAAACGAAAUUUUCUGCUUGUAUGUAAUAGUAACACUCAGAAAAGUAAAACUUAUUUUCUUUUCCUCUUGCAUCAUUUAUACGAGCAUUUUCGUCAAGAAAAAUUAAGAGGACGAUAACAUGAAUGAUAAGAAAUAAUAACUCAUGAAAAUGUAAUUAAAUAUUUGAUUACCAAGAUUUUACACGGGCAAUAAUUAUUAGAAACGUUAUAAUAAACUAAUUUAUCUCGUCUUGUAUUUGAUUCAUUAUGGCGGGAAAUUCAAUGAUAAUGAUUAGAAAUAAUGAUAUCAUUAGAUAUGUAUCUGUAUUCUAAAAUAUUAACGUAUAUCUAUUUUGUAAUAUUGAUGUAUCUGUAAUGUAACUGUAAUGCAUUUAUCAAUGUAACGACAAUAAAACUAACUGCAUUCCUUACAUUUCCCUUUUUUUAUUUCAUGGUGUAUUUCUCAAUAGUACUUCCUAUUUCCUGUUACCAAAUAAAGUAGCAAUGUAAUUUCAAUUGUAUCAAUAAAGUAUUAACAAUUUC